AUGUCUUGUCUGUCUAGUAUUCGCUCGACUUUCGUCUCCAUAUUCAAACCGAAGAAGAAGACAACCAAAUCCUCCUCCCUGGCUGAAAAAUCUGCGAAAAUCUCGCACGUCUCUCCCCGCCCCUCCAUCUCCACCUCUACUCAAACAAGUAAUCCAUUGUGCAAACCACCCCUGCACCAAGUCCCCAGCGCCAUAGUCGCUGCGACAGAAAAGGGCAUGAUAUCCGCAUCGUUGUGUUCCAUACCGCAAUCCCCCCCUGCAUCAAGAUCCCUUACUUCGACAACUACACAGACGACAUCAGCAUCGGCACCACUUCCCUUCCCUAAUCUGCCCUUAGCAUCGCCGUCGCCACUGUCGUUGUCACCGUCAUCAUCGCCAUUCUCGCCGUUUUCUGCAUCGCCAGUGUCGCCAGUGUCAGAGAUGGAGCAGAGAAAAGGGGAGAAAAGGAAGAGUAGUGUAAACAACAGCACCACUACACUAACGCGAGGCGAAGAAGCCUGCGUCUCCGGACAAAGUAGUAGAAGGACGAGUGUGAGAUUCAAGGGUCUGGACGUCUAA